CGCUCCCUUUCCCGCCCGGGGGAGGAGGCGGUGGCGCCCGGGUCGCGCCGCCCUCCGGGGCAGGGGGGGCGCUGCGCGGCGCCGCCCGCCGGGUUCCGGGGCGGCGGUAACCGAGGGGCGCGGACGGAGUGGCGGCCGCCGGCACCGUAUAAUAUACUUGUUUUGCCUAUCUCAUAAAGUUUGCACUUGUGCAUCUUUUAAGAAGAUCAACUCAAGCAGAAGGAUGUUAAGACACAAAACAUCUAGAUAAUUCUAAGAAGGAUUUGUCUACUUUUCCAGGCUAUUUAGCUGUAUUAAAGAAAUGAUGGCGGACGACUUAGACAAAUCUAUUGAAGAACACAAGGCCAAGUUUGCACAAGAUAAGGCAGAACUUGAAAAUGAUCCACCUUACAUGGAAAUGAGGAAUAAGGAAUCAGAGAAGCUUUCUGAGACUAGGAAAAUCCUAAUUUCCAUGGCAAAAGAAAAUAUACCUCCGAAUAGUCAACAGAACUAUCCUUUAGGUGACUAUGGGAUGAGUUUACCUCUUGGAGAGGAAUAUGAACGAAAAAAACAUAAACUCAAAGAGGAGCUACGAGAAGAUUAUAGGCGAUAUCUUUCUCAGGGUAUUUCACAGGCAAAAAGAAAGAAAAAUUAUCUGACUACUGGUGAAGUAGACCCGUAUACUCAGGGAUUAUCUCUUCCUAUUGAUGAGCGAAGAUCUGCCAAGGAGAAAUUACGACUUGAAAGAAACAAGGAGUACAAUCAAUAUCUCAGGGAUAAAGAAGAAUGGAAUGAAAGGCUAAGGAAAUUAGGGAAGAAAACCAGAGAGAAUGAGAUGAACAGGAAUAUAAAACAUGUUGCUGUUACCAGGCUCCAGCCGGAACUACAUACAGAAGCACAGCCCUUUAAUACAGGUGCAGAACCUCCCAAGAAGGAUGCCUUUACUUCUACAGAAGAUUAUGAAGAGCUGCAAAAUAAUAAGAGAUGGCUGGAGGAAGACAGGUACCACAGGUUAGAUGAUGAGGCUGAAUUAAGAAGUCGACUGUUAAAUAAAAGGCUUGAUGGAGAUUUGGAUGUUCCCAAUGGAUUUGCUAGCCAGUCUGUAGUUCCUAUUAGGAAGCAUCACAGACUUGAUGAAGACCGUGAUUUUGGUAGAAGAUACUACAGAGUGGACUAUGAUCCUGAGAUAAGUGAAGAAAUGGACCCUAGAUUUAAAUGUGAAAGCACCUAUGACAGAAGAACUCCCCGGGUUUUUCAUGCUGAAAGAAAUCAGGUACAGAUUCGUUCUUCAGCUAAUGAGGAGGCCAGGUCUGCAGCUGAAAUGCGCUAUAGGACAGGCCUUGUUCUUGGUGGUCACGACCGAGAACUUCUCCAAAGGAGAAAGGAGAAAUACAGGCGAGAGCUAAUGGAGCAGAUGGCUGAGCAACAGCGAAAUAAGAGACGUGAGAAGGAACUUGAGCUCUUAGUUGCUGCUUCUGGAGCUCAUGACCCAGAAAAGACGCCAAAUAGACUGAAGCAGUUUGGCUUCACAGCAAGAGCUUCUGAAGAGAAAGUACCUCCUGAAAGGCCUAGAGUGGCUUUCCAAACUCCAGUGCCUGCCCCUUCAGCCUCUCUAGUGAUUGAAGACUUUCAGAGUGAUAAAGACUUUCACAGGAGUCUAGCCAGCACUCUUGGUGAAAUAGCAGCUCCCAGGCUUGCACCGUUGCCACCGCCUCCACCACCAGUUCUGACAGACAACUAUAGAACACCUUAUGAUGAUGCAUAUUACUUUUAUGGGGCUAGGAAUCCUCUGGAUCCUGCUCUUGCAUAUUAUCGUCCCGGUAUGAUGGGAAUGCAGCCCACUCCUAAUCUGGAUCCUCCUUUAAGUCAAGCCCCAGUAGAGCAAUCUGUAAGUAACAUUGGACAGAAGAAUACAGGAGACGGGCAAAGAAGCAUAGGAAUACUUUCUGAAGAAAAAACACAGCCUUCCAGGGAGCCAACAUUAUCUUACCAACAAGAAUUACAACAGCAGAUAAGAGAGAGAGAGGAGCGACGCAGGCAGGAGCGAGAGGAGAAUGAGCGCUAUGAAGCCAAGAUAGAAGCAGAAAUGAGGAACUACAACCCCUGGGGAAGAGGUGGUGGUGGUGCUCCUCUCAGAGAUGCAGAAGGAAAUCUGAUAGCGGACUUGAAGAUCAUGCACAAGCAAAAUGAAGAUGCAUAUCUUAAUCCAGAGGCGAGACUAUAUGAAGAUAAAAGGGCUCUUAUAACUGUUGACCUAAGUUUGGCCUCCUCAAGACCUGAGAACACAGAAGCAUCUACAAAUAAAAUAGCAGGUGUUACAUUUGCACAGGCCUCUCCUUUUGCUCGAGGUAACGUGUUUGGUGAACCACCGUCUCCGCAGUAUCUUAAGCAGCAGGAGUCAUACAAGAACUCUCUUCGUCUGCAGAUUGAAGAAAAGAGACGUAGGGAAGAAGCAGAACGAGAAAAACUUAGAAUGGAAGAAGAAAAAGAGGAAAAACGAAUAGCAGAAGAGAGGAUGAGAAUUCAAAAAGAGUAUGAAGAGGAACAAGAAGAGAAAAGGAAGAAAGACGAGGAGCGAAGAUUGAAAAAUGAAGAAAUAAUUCGAUUGGAUGAAGAAAGGAAAAAAGAGGCAGAAAAAAAGAGAAAAGAAAAAGAAGAAAAGCAAAAGGAGCAACUUAGACAAUAUUUUGAGAAAGAAAAGAUGGAAGAGGAAAAGAAGAUGUUUUCACGGCGACCUUCUCCCAUCAUUCCCACUCUUCAGAACAAAUCAGUAAGAAAAGAAGAAAGGAUUCCCUCUGCUGAGAGCCUUGUAUCUUACCAUUCACAAGAGCCUGCACAGCCAAGAGUUCCUUCUCCACCUGUCCCUGCCAGAAGAAAUCAGUUGCGUUCAUUAGAGGAAAGAAAGAAUGUGAUAAAUGAAUUAUCAGAGAUGAGGAAACAGCUUCGUAGUGAAGAAAGGCGACUGCAGGAACAGUUGCUAAAUGUGGCCACUGAUGGUGAUGUACCAAUUACACGAAGGAGGAGAGACAAGAAUCCAAAGGAUAUAUUUGAGAAGGCCAGGCUUCGCCUGCAGGCUCCAGUAAGGCGACAUUCAUUAAAGAAGACACAAGAUCCUGUCAAUAUACAGAAUAUCUGGGAAUUUAAUGAACUUAAAUACAAAGAUUCUGAAACUCGUAUUGGCUUGAGGCACAUGUAUCCUGAUCCUCCAAAAGAUGACCAGACUCUAGAGAUUCAACAGCGGGCACUGUUGAGGGAGCAGCAGAAGAAACUUGACAGAAUGAGAAUGAGGAGAGAAACAGGAGAUGAUUCUCCUUCUGACAGCUACCCACAAACCAUGGGACUGUUCAGGGAUGAAUCUGAUGAAUUCUUGAAGAAUUCACUGUUGGAAUCAGAUAGCGCUUUUAUCGGUGCUAAUGGGGAAACAUUUCCUGCCUUAGAAGAAGUUAAUUUAUUACCACAACUUCCAUCUUCUGCAAGGGAGAGGAGACGAAUGAAGCAGAAAGCUUUGGAGUGUGCUGAGGAUGUUGCAGUAGCCCAGACACCGCUGCUGCAGCCUGACAGCCUUAGUUUGCACUCAGAUCUCAGCCUCGAUGUUGAUCAGUUGAAAGGCAAGAAUGAAGAACGACUGCACAGACUGACUGAGCUCCAGCAGAAAUCUGCGUACUUGGGUGAUGACAUUUCCUUAGGAGACAUGGAUGACCUUUGGAAGCGCCCUCCAUCCCACACGGGCAGACGCCCCAGUUCCGUCGACACGGUCGCGACAGAGCCCUGGCUGCGACCAGGAACUUCCGACACGCUCCGGAGACUGAUGGCUGAGCAGUCAAACCCUGCCAAGCUGACUCCGGAGAAGACGCUCCCGCUGGGUUGGCAGGGCCUCUCCACCGCGCACGGCUGACUCGGCCUGCGGGAACCAGCUGUGCCUUGCGGCCGAGGAGGAACCGUCCAGCACUACCGCACUUUCCAGGGUCUCCUGGAGGGAGAGUUCUCUUCCGUGUACAUAGUGUGGAGUUGUGUGUGUGUGUAAUUUAAAAUAGCAAUAAUAAAGAUUCAGACACUGCAGUGUAA